AUGUUGACCUGUGAUGGAGUUAUGACAGUUUAUGUAGACGGCGUUAAACAAAACAACAAAACAUCAGGCUACGAAACUGCCCAAAACUACAACAUUCCUACAGGCUCGACUGUCCUCGCUAUCCACUGUCAUAAACCUGGCAAAUCACCAAAAAUAUUAGGCACCAUCGACGUUUCCGUGGUAACCGGCAGCAAAGGCUGGUUAUGUACCGACCAGUAUUAUCCCGCGUGGAACUCCGCGCAAUUCGUGGACACAUCGUGGGCUCCCGCAGUGGCUUACUGGAGAAAUGAGUUGGAAAUCCCGUAUGGAAAAGUAGAGAAUAUUUCGAGCUCCGCCAAGUGGAUUGGAACCGAGAACGGCACAGAUUUGUAUUGUAGAUUUUCCUUAUGUCCUCAAAGAGGUAUUGGGCCAUUCACAAAGGAUGUCCGGCCAAAUGAUGGAUUUUCAGAACCCCCCUCCCCCCCUUGUCCGGCAUUGUCCGAAUUAGUGACCCCUCCCCCCGGACAUCCGCCAUGCCUCGCAAAAACUCACACAACCUUGUAUAUAUCAAGAGUAAAAAACUUUUUUUACUUUUAGAACUUUUUUUAUAACUGUAAAUGUGAACACAAAAACAUAUAAAUUACUAAUUAAAACAAAAUCUAGUGUUAACCGCAUAUAGUCAAAAUGCCAAUUUCACAAUGGAAAGGACUGCUCAAAAUAGAGGAAAAAAGAAAUUUGUUUUUGAAUUUUUUUAAAUUUCGGACAUCCGGAUUGCUAACCCCCCCCCCUCCCCCCUAUGUCCGAGUUUGUCCUGAUUUUCCAAACCCCCCUCCCCCCUCGGCUCGGACAUCCUUUGUGAAUGGCCCCUAAUGCUUUAUUCAAGGCGUUUUGCUCCUAAUUUGUAAGACCAUUCACUAUGUUCAUAUAUAUAUAUAUAUACCAAAAUCCAGUAUAUACACGCAUGCAUAUAAAUAAAUAUACCAAAAUCUCAAACUCGUUAAUAAUUCCGGAGUAAUUAGCCAACCAUAUUGCUUUAUUUGGCUCACAUGAUAAUGUUGUCUCCCUAUACAGUGAUAAUACUGGACACCUGGUGAAGUAUGAUUCAGUCCUAGGACUGGAUCAAAAUUAAUUCAGUCCUAGGACUGGAUCAAAAUUAAUUCAGUCGUAGGACUGGAUCAAAAUUAAUUCAGUCGUAGGACUGGAUCAAAAUUAAUUCAGUCGUAGGACUGAAUCAAAAUUAAUUCACUCGUAGGACUGGAUCAAAAUUAAUUCAGUCGUAGGACUGGAUCAAAAUUAAUUCAGUCCUAGGACUGGAUCAAAAUUAAUUCAGUCGUAGGACUGGAUCAAAAUUAAUUCACUCGUAGGACUGAAUCAAAAUUAAUCCAGUCGUAGGACUGGAUCAAAAUUAAUUCAGUCGUAGGACUGAAUCAAAAUUAAUUCACUCGUAGGACUGGAUCAAAAUUAAUUCAGUCGUAGGUCUGGAUCAAAAUUAAUCCAGUCGUAGGACUGAAUCAAAAUUAAUUCAGUCGUAGGACUGGAUCAAAAUUAAUUCAGUCGUAUAGGACUGGAUCAAAAUUAAUUCAGUCGUAGGACUGAAUCAAAAUUAAUUCACUCGUAGGACUGGAUCAAAAUUAAUUCAGUCGUAGGACUGGAUCAAAAUUAAUUCAGUCCUAGGACUGGAUCAAAAUUAAUUCACUCGUAGGACUGAACCAAAAUUAAUUCAGUCGUAGGACUGGAUCAAAAUUAAUUCAGUCCUAGGACUGGAUCAAAAUUAAUUCAGUCGUAGGACUGAACCAAAAUUAAUUCAGUCGUAGGACUGGAUCAAAAUUAAUUCACUCGUAGGACUGGAUCAAAAUUAAUCCAGUCGUAGGACUGAAUCAAAAUUAAUUCAGUCCUAGGACUGGAUCAAAAUUAAUUCACUCGUAGGACUGAACCAAAAUUAAUUCAGUCGUAGGACUGGAUCAAAAUUAAUUCAGUCCUAGGACUGGAUCAAAAUUAAUUCAGUCGUAGGACUGAACCAAAAUUAAUUCAGUCCUAGGACUGGACCAAAAUUAAUUCACUCGUAGGACUGGAUCAAAAUUAAUUCAGUCGUAGGACUGGAUCAAAAUUAAUUCAGUCCUAGGACUGGAUCAAAAUUAAUUCACUGGUAGGACUGAACCAAAAUUAAUUCAGUCGUAGGACUGAAUCAAAAUUAAUUCAGUCGUAGGACUGAAUCAAAAUUAAUUCAGUCCUUGGACUGGAUCAAAAUUAAUUCAGUCCUUGGACUGGAUCAAAAUUAAUUCAGUCCUAGGACUGGAUCAUAUUAAAUUAGUUCGUCUCACCUUAGUGAUUCAAUCGUAUGAGAUGUCAUUUCAAAUCCUCCAAUAGACCUUUCCCCUUAUGAGUGAAAUUUUGAUCUAGACCUAGUGUGGCGGAUAUGUGCAUGGAUGUUUCCGAAGAGGGUUAAAAGCACCAAAUUGUGCACAGUAGCAUCUUUUUAUGAGGAGAACAACAUGCAAAAGUGGGGCCAUCGUGAAACUGUUUUUUUAGAGAGUUACGAUGCUAUUAGCAUUAUUUGCUAUUAAAUUCUACUACAACAAAAAUUGUGAAAUUUUGAAUUCAAUCACGACAAAUAUAACUUGCAUCAUCAGAAAGCUUGUAAAAAACUAUAUAAAAGACUUUUAAACAGUUUUUUGAUUCUUCAAAUGGUUAUUGCUGUAAAUUAGGCACAUUAUCUCGCUAAAAGUCCCUAAUUAAUUAUUCGAUGUUUGGAAAUGCGUUUUUAACAGUUUAUAAUUCGAAAACUAUUUCAGAAAUCAAAAAACUGUCUAAAUGUCUUAUAUGCAGUUUUUUAUAAGCUUUCUGAUGAUGCAAGUCAUAUUUGUUGUAAUUGAAUACACAAUUUCACAUGUUUUGGCUAUAAUAGAAUUCAAUAGAAGAAAAUCACUAAUCACCCGUUUUCAGGAGUUAGCAGCAAAAUAGCGAUGCCCCACUUCAAAUAUCUAUUAAGCAAAUAAAACUACAUCAAUUGUAAAAGUUUGAUGCUUUUAACCUCAACGGGAACUACUGAUCAAUAAUUUUACACAUAUCCGCCUCACUAAUAUGCCAGGAAAAAAAUUUCAUCACAGCUUGAAAGAGCAUCACAAAAUUAGUAAUAUUCCGAAGUUUCGUUGCGAAAUGUUGUAAAAUGCGGAUAAUAUAGCCUUGCGAAAUUUGCCGUUUUUCAGUCAUUUGGCAUGCAUUGCAAACGGGAAAUUGAUAAUCAGAUGAUCAAACUGAUUAUCAAUUUCCCAUUUGUAAUACAAAAUGACUGAAAAACGGCAAACUUCGCAAGGCUAUAUUUUCCUCAUUUUACAACAUUUCGCAAUGAAACUUUGGAAUAUUACUAAUUUUGUGAUGCUCUUUCAAGCUGUGAUGAAAUUUUUGUCCAGACUUGUCUACAUCAAAAUUUCACUGAAAAGGGGAAAGGUCUAUUCGGACUAGCUGGACAAGAUUUCAAGUUCUCAUUUGAAAUAUUACAUCCGAUAUACUCCUGAGCAUGCUCCAACGUUCUCAAAUUUUGUCUGUUUUGAAAACAAUCAUAAUUCGUUUCUUCUUUUCUAGCAUGUUUCACCAUUCGCACGACUCGCAUUGACAAUCACAAGCUAGUUGGUUUUCUUUUGGAUACAUAUGCCGUCCAUCACGUCGCAGAAUGUGCCAUGAAGUGUCACGCUGUACAUGAUCGCUGUCAAUCAUUCAACUACUACUCUAUAUCACGGAUUUGUGAACUUAACCAUUCAAUUGACUUGCUGAAACAUCUUAUAGCAGCUCCUGGCGUGGCGUAUUACUACAGAAGCAACUGA